AUGUUGAGAUCGCUUUAUUCGGUUUCUUCGAGAAGACUUUUGUCGAGCUCAGUCAGGCGCUUGGCUGAUGUCAACGUUACCGUCGACGGUAAAACAGUUCAGAUAGAAGCUGGCUCGAGUAUUAUUCAAGCUGCUGACAAGGCUGGCGUUACCAUUCCUCGUUACUGUUACCAUGACAAAUUGGCCAUCGCUGGUAACUGCCGAAUGUGUCUUGUUGAUGUCGAGAGAAUGCCCAAAUUGAUUGCCUCUUGUGCUGUCCCAGUCCAAGAUGGUAUGGUUGUCCACACCGACAGUGAAAGAAUCCACAAAGCCAGAGAAGGUGUCACUGAAAUGUUGUUGGAGAACCAUCCCUUGGACUGCCCAAUUUGUGACCAGGGAGGUGAGUGUGAUUUGCAAGAGCAGUCAAACAGAUACGGUUCUGACAGAGGCAGAUUCAAGGAAGUCACUGGUAAGAGAGCUGUCGAGAACAAGGCUAUUGGUCCUUUGGUGAAGACAUCGAUGAACAGAUGUAUUCACUGUACUAGAUGUGUGAGAUUCAUGAACGAUGUCGCCGGUGCUCCUGAAUUGGGAUCUACUGGUAGAGGUAAUGAUUUGCAAAUCGGUACUUAUAUCGAAAGAAACAUCAACUCUGAGAUGUCUGGUAACAUCAUUGACUUAUGUCCUGUUGGUGCUUUGACAUCCAAACCAUAUGCUUUCAGAGCAAGACCUUGGGAGUUGAAGAGAACUGAGAGUAUUGAUGUCAUGGAUGCUAUUGGCUCUAACGUCAGAGUGGAUGCUAGAGGUAUCGAAGUGAUGAGAGUGUUGCCUCGUUUGAAUGACGAGAUCAACGAAGAGUGGAUCUCCGACAAGUCUAGAUUCGCUUGCGACGGUUUGAAGACUCAGAGAUUGACGAAUCCUUUGAUCAAGGAUGGCGACAGCUUUAAGCCUGCCACUUGGGACGAGGCUCUUUCAACCAUCGCUGCUGCCUACAACAAACUCAAGCCUAAUGGUGACGAAUUGAAGGCCAUCGCAGGUACUUUUGCCGAUGCCGAGGCUAUGGUCGCCUUGAAGGAUUUGGUUAACAAGUUGGGUUCUGAGAACACUGUUACUGAUGUCAAGCAGGCCACUGAAGCUCAUGGUGUUGACGUUAGAUCUAACUACGUGUUCAACAGUACUAUCGAUGGUAUUGAGGAUGCCGACCAGAUCUUGCUCGUUGGUUCUAACCCAAGAUUUGAGGCUGCUGUGUUGAACGCUAGAAUUAGAAAGGUUUGGUUGAGACAAGACUUGGAGAUCGGUGUCGUCGGUCAGGGAUUCGAUGCUACCUUUAACUACGAGAACUUGGGCGCUUCCGCCAAUGACUUGAAGAAGGCUUUGACUGGUGAGUAUGGUAAGAGAUUAGGCGAGGCCAAGAACCCAUUGAUUAUUGUUGGUUCGGGUGUUGCCGAGUCUGAGGACGCCAAUGCUAUCUACCACACUGUCGCUGAUUUUGCAUCUAAACACAAGAACUUCAACACCGAGGAAUGGAACGGUGUCAACCUUUUGCAUCGUGAGGCUUCUCGUGCGGCCGCCUUGGACCUUGGUUUCCAGAAAUUCACACCUGAAACCUCGAAGCCCAAAUUUGUCUACUUGCUUGGUGCCGAUGAGAUCAAGGGUUCUGACAUUCCUAAGGAUGCUUUCGUCAUUUACCAGGGUCACCAUGGUGACGUCGGUGCAUCAUUUGCCGACGUCAUUUUGCCAGGUGCUGCCUACACUGAAAAGUCUGCCACAUAUGUUAACACUGAGGGUAGGGCACAAAUCACGAGAGCUGCCACUAACCCCCCAGGCUCCUCGCGUGAGGACUGGAAGAUCCUCAGAGCUCUUUCUGAGUACGUUGGCGCUCCAUUGCCUUACGAUGAUUUGUACACUGUCAGAGAAAGAUUGGGCGAGAUUGCUCCCCACUUUAUCAGACAUGAGGUCAUUGAGCCUACUUCUCAGGACAUCGCCAAGGUUGGUCUCACGGAUAUCACUGGUAGACUUCUGACUUUCAAGGCUGCUGGUAUCCCAUUGAAGAACCCUAUCAAAAACUUCUACUUCACUGACGUGAUCUCCAGAUCCUCGCCCACUAUGGCUAAGUGUGUGUCUUCAUUCGGUGCCAAGAUCGACAAGAUCAAGGACCCAAAGCCAUUGGUUGACAUCUAA